UGUUCAUUAGCAAAUAUUGAUUGAGCUGUAGCUCACGGAGUGGAUGACAGAAAAAAGGCUGGAAAAGCGGAAAGUUAGCGGGCAGGAAUUUAACAUCAACUGACCGGGAUAAGGAAUAAACAGAGGCUUAAGACGACCACGACCCAGUCCAAGUCAGUUUUCUGAGUUGGUGCCUGACGACCCUUCUGAAUGAAUGAGUGGGUGGGCCCUGACAUCAAUGUGGUGGGACUGCUGCAAAUCCCACCCAGCGAUGAAUUCUCCAUCUCAGAGAGCUCCCACUUGUUCGAUAUCCUGGCAGAUCAAGGCAGUCCUCUCCUGCAGGAUCCCGACAUCUUACCCUUCACAGGCUAUCCCAGCAUGCAGUAUUCGUCCAUGGAGCCGACCAUGUCUUCCACACCAUACUACUCCAGUCAGAACUACUACCCACAGUACCAUGGAGACGAAUGGUUCUCACACACGGGGAUAUAUGAACUGAGGAAAGAACCCCUGGAGGUCGGCUACGAUGCUGAGAUGGAGGAGGUGUCCACUGCGGUGCCCGCCAUGUGCAAGAGGACCCGGCACAUGUCGCAGGCUGGAAGGGUCAAAGGGGAGGAACUGUGUGUGGUGUGUGGAGACAAGGCAUCUGGAUACCACUAUAAUGCUCUCACCUGUGAGGGAUGUAAAGGUUUCUUCAGAAGAAGCAUAACCAAGAACGCUGUGUACAAAUGCAAGAGUGGCGGAAACUGUGAAAUGGACAUGUACAUGCGCAGGAAAUGCCAGGAGUGUCGGCUAAGAAAGUGCAAGGAGAUGGGCAUGCUGGCUGAAUGCCUGCUGACAGAGAUCCAGUGUAAGUCUAAAAGGCUGCGGAAGAACACCAAGGCCUCCCCGGGACAGUCGACCGGAGACGAGACAGAGGGGGCGGACCACACAGACAACAAACAGGUUUCCUCAACCACCAAACUGUCAAGGGAAAAAGUUGAAAUCACCAAAGAGCAGCGGGCUCUCAUGACAGCCAUCGUAGAUGCUUACAACAGACAUCAAAUUCCUCAAGACGUAGCCAAAAAACUGCUGCAAGAGCAUUACAGCCCAGAGGAAAACUUCCUUCUAUUGACAGAAAUGGCAACAAGUCAAGUUCAAGUUUUGGUGGAAUUUACAAAGAAUAUUCCAGGCUUUCUCUCUCUGGAUCGUGAGGAUCAGAUCGCUCUGCUGAAGGGUUCGGCCGUAGAGGCCAUGUUUCUACGCUCAGCUCAGGUUUUCAGUAGAAAGAUGCCCAACGGACACACAGACGUUUUGGAGGAGAGGAUACGCAAGAGUGGUAUGCCCGAUGAAUUCAUGACACCCAUGUUCAACUUUUACAAAAGCAUCGGUGAACUCCACAUGGUGCAGGAGGAACAGGCUAUCCUCACUGCCAUAACCAUCCUGACGCCAGAUCGGCCUUACGUCAAGGAUCAUCAGGCUGUCGAGAGGCUUCAGGAGUCCAUGCUGGUCGUGCUGAGGAAGCUGUGUGUCCUGCAGCGCCCACAGGAGCUGCAGUACUUUGCUCGUCUCCUGGGCCGUCUGACGGAGCUGAGAACUCUCAGCCACUACCACGCAGAGAUGCUCACGUCCUGGAGAACGAACGACCAUAAAUUUACGCCACUGCUCUGUGAGAUAUGGGAUGUGCAGUGACACACCAGGAGAGGCGGAGAAAGCAGUAACGUAGGGAUGAAAACAUGAACAUUUCAACUUGCAAGACAAAGUCAUGGCCCAACUACAGUGCAUAUUUAUUUUGACUGAUGUGAGGAUGUGGAAUUAAAUCCCUGCACCACCUGUUGAUGGCAUUUGUUAUGAUUCAGUGAAUGGUUUAGAUUAUUGCUUGUGUUUAUUCUGCUCAUGCAUUUAUUGUAUGACUCACAGUCCCAACAUCUUCAUGUGUAUUUACUGUGUGAUGCAGCCAACUCAUCGUUGUCUCACUGUUGAGAUGUUAUGACAGGGUUUUCAGUGCAAAGAGGAAACUUCUUUUUACUAUUUACAUCAUGUAAAACAUCUUGAAGUCCAACAAGUACAAACUGAAACUUAUUCACAGCAAAGAUGGUGCUCAUAAGAAAUGUAAAGUUAUAAAUCCUUUCUGUCUCAAUAAACAAGGUUUACAUUGGAACAUUCUUCAGAUUAUUUUCAUGCCUGUUAUAUUCCUCUUUAGGAGUUCACAUACAGACAUAACGUGCGCUACAUCUGAAAAUAAUAUCUUUCUGAAACUUUAUCACAAUAAAUUAAACCAAAGAUGUUACUAAAACAGCAAUUGACUGAAUAUUAGAUUAAGAAUGUCUAGUGGUUUUCCUGAUGAAAUGCUGUCUUCCACUAUAUGACCUGCAAAAAAUGACUUCUCGUGCGUUAUUUAUGCCCACAUUUAACCGUUUUUUGAAUCGCUAAUAUUUAAUUUCAGUGGGGUAUCAGAACAAAUACCGUGACUGUGUUUUUGCAUGUUUUAGCCAUUUUUAUAUAAUUAAAGAACAUCCAACACAGACUUCUAUCCAU